AUGGCUGAUACAAAUAACGACAAAUCCAGGCAGAAGAAGAAAAAACCCGAGAAUGAGCGCGCAGCCAAGUUGCUAGAGUUGAAGGCACAGUACACGCAGACGCGCCCAGUGGCACCUAAGUCGCGGACGGAGAAGAUGUUCGAGUUUGUACAGAAGAUGGAGGCUGGCGAAGAAGUGGAUGACGCAGCUCUUUAUUCCGACGACGAGGCUGCGCCCAAGCCGGUGCUGGUUACAGGCCAGGUUGUCGAGAGCGCGCGGGACGUGGAAGCGAUCAAGAGCGAACGCCAGGCUCGCGCUCAGGGUGCGACGACCGCGGUUGACGAAGAAGCCGACCGUCGCCGGCGCGAACUCUUUGCGCUCGGCGUCGUCGACGACCAAGACGCCGGUGAUGGGGACGACCAAGACCUGAGCGACCCGAACGACGGCCAAGAUCUGGGCAGGGUAAGAGGGAGAGGGGAGGCGCCCAGGGUCGCCAAGAGGGCGAGACUGACCGUGGAGGCGUCCGAGUGCGACAGCGACAGCGACGACGGGUUCGAACCAAUACGACCCGAAGACCUGGCGCAGCUGCCGCCGCCACUGGAAUUGCUGCCACCUCCGCAAGCUACGGUGCCACCGCCUCCACCUCCGCCGCCGCCAACUAUGGUGCCUCCGCCUCCGCCGGGAGCGGCGGCGCCGGUCCUGCUACCGCCCGCUGCGCCGCGACGGCCCCGGGGGUCACGACCGGAGCACGGACCGCCCCGGAUACGGCAGCUUGGCCCCACACAGGCACCCAAACCGAGAGCGAAGGCCACGCCCGCCGUCAUCCAGGCCGCCCCGGUCGUAAUUGCGGCUUCUGGCCAGACGCCGGGUGGGACGGCUCCUCCCAAGCCCAGUGUUUUCGUACCAACCACGCUCCGCAAACAGGGCAUCCGAGUCGACGCAGUGUCCAAGGUUACUAUCCGCGAAAAAACGACUUCAUCGCACGACGAGUACACACACUUCCUCAAAAGCCUCGACCCCGAAGCAUCCACUGCGCCCGAAGCAUCCACUGCGCCCGAAGCAUCCACUGCGCCCAAAGACUGA